AUGGUCACUCAUAUUGUCGAUAAGUAUGGCAAUGCCAUACAGGAAGGAGACUAUGUCUUCAGCAGGAUUCGAGGCGGAUCACAUGAAGGGAAGGUACAAGAAAUUGUUACAGACGAGCAGCGAGCAGAAGAGCGAUCCGUGAAGCAUCCCCCAAAGGUGUCGCUGCACAAUAAGGAUGGGAAGGUUGUUGCUCAUAACCCAGGCACACUAGAAAUACGGAACGAGUCUACUUAG